AUGGCUAUCACAACACGUACAUUAUUAUUAAUAACUUUUGUUAGUUUUUCAAUAUUAAGUUGUUCAAUCUAUAUUUAUUCGAAAAGUUCUUAUAAAAAUAAAUUAUGGGCAACGAAUCCAAUAAUAUUACCGAAUGGAACAAAAAUUUUGGCAAAUAAUAAAAUCAAUGAAGAUACAAAAAAUAUAGGAAAUCUUGGUUUUGUACAUGCAUUUCUUGCAGCAAUAUCUGUUAUUGUUGUUUCUGAAAUAGGUGAUAAAACAUUUUUUAUUGCUGCUAUUAUGGCAAUGCGUCAUUCACGUUUAAUUAUAUAUGCUGGUGCAAUGAGUGCUCUUGGUGCAAUGACAGUUUUAUCAGCAUUAUUAGGAAAUAUUGUUACAAAAUUUAUCUCACGAGUUUAUACUUAUUAUUUAUCAAGUAUAUUAUUCGCAUGUUUUGGUAUUAAAAUGUUAAAAGAUGGAUACGGUAUGUCACGUGAUGAAGGAGCAGAUGAAUAUGAAGAAGUUCAACAGGAAGUCGAGAAAGCAGAAGCUGCUGAUGACUUAGAAGCAGGCAAUAAUGGUGAAUCCAUCGACAAUUCAUCAAAAGAAAAUCAACAACAACAACAAAGAUCAUCACAGAGAAAUACUAGAAAUAAUAUUACAUCAAUUAUACGUCGUUAUAUAUCACCAAUUUUCGUUCAAGCAUGUAUUAUGACUUUUCUUGCUGAAUGGGGUGACCGCUCUCAAGUAACAACGAUUGUAUUAGCAGCUAGUGAAAAUCUGUUAGGUGUUAUUGUAGGUGGUACAAUUGGUCAUGGUUUAUGUACUGGAUUAGCUGUUAUUGGUGGUCGUUUUAUUGCGCAACGUAUAUCAGCAAAGACAGUGACACUUGUUGGUGGUGUUGUAUUUUUAUGUUUUGCACUUUCAGCAUUUUUUAUCCGUCCAGAUAAAUAA